UUAUGGUCCAAAGCGGUUACAGCCGCCGUAUAUUGUGAUAUAACACACGGCGACCGUUAAUGCGGUUACCACCUCCACCAUAUGUACACUCUAACGAGAAGCCGGCUCGAAUCGACCGUUUUGGCGUACGUUUAAAUCUUUGGCGGCAGUCUGUGCGAGCGGCGCUUUUCGAUUACUUAUAAUAAUAUAGUUAUACUCGUAACAAAAAGCCGGUCAGUAUCGUUGGUUUUUUCGAAUACUCGAAAAUUCGAGACAAACGUGUCACGACAUGGUAACAUUUUUCAAGUAUCGAGUAAGUAAGUAUUAUUAGUGUAUAACAAACGUACCCAAAACGUUUGGCUAUCGCGAUGACAGAGCCAAUUGUACUCGGAUUCGCCGUUGUCGGUUUCGUGGUCACGCUGAUACUCUUGUGCGAUGCCCUCCGCGAGAUUGCCCAGGGAUUCGCGGCACACUUGAUGCCAUUGUUGUUCCACGACCAAGUCGGCUUGGACGUCAAAUACGGAAAAUGGGCAGUGGUAACUGGGUCUACCGAUGGUAUUGGAAAAGAAUACGCUAAAGCAUUGGCAAAACGUGGUUUAAAUAUUGUGCUAAUUAGCAGAAAUAUAGACAAAUUGAAUAAAACUGCUUCGGAAAUUGAACGAGAAUACACGGUAGAAACAAAAGUUAUACAAGCAGAUUUUAGCAAAGGGAAAACGGUGUUUGACCACAUUUCCAAAGAGCUAAACGAUAUGGAAAUCGGCAUACUAAUCAACAAUGUGGGCAUGCAAUACGCAUAUCCAAUGUACUUGGACGAAGUACCGGAAUCCACUGUAUGGGACCUUGUCAACGUAAACGUUGGAGCUACAUCUCACAUGACAAAACUUGUAUUGCCCCAAAUGCAAAAACGCAAACGAGGCGCUAUCGUCAACGUGGCAUCCAGCGCAGAGCUCCAGCCUAUGCCACUUCUAGCCGUUUAUGCAGCAUCAAAGAUGUACAUCAAAAGCUUCACAGAAGCCAUACGUAUGGAGUACGCAAAAGACAACAUAACAGUUCAACAUCUUUUCCCGUUGUUCGUUAACACCAAAAUGAAUGCAUUCAGUCAUCGUCUACAAGAGACUAGCUUGUUCGUGCCCGAUGCCAAGACAUAUGCCACCAACGCCGUCAACACCUUAGGCAAAGUCAACCAUUCCACAGGUUACUGGGCUCACGGUAUUCAACAUUUUUUUAUUCGACUUCCUCCCGUGUGGCUGAGAACUGUAAUCGGCGAGGCUAUGACAAAAUCAUUAAGGUGCGAUUACUUUUCCAGAAACGGAUUAAAACUAGAAUGAGUUUUUUUUUGUAAGACUCGAGUUGAUGAAUAUUAUUUUGAUUGUGUCUUUUGGUCGCGUGUUCUUUGUACAAUAAUUGUUUUGUGAAUUUAGUUUUUAAGUUUUUGUACUUACCUAUUAAUAUUAUAGACGAUUUUUACUAUUAUUAAUUGGGCCCCUCGGCGACAACUAGUGUGGAGCACAGAUUAUUAUUAACUAAUUAAUAAAAGUAAUUACAUUUUA